AUGAAGUUAACAACUUCCCAUUCAGUAUUAGAAAAAAAAAAAAAUAAUAAAAAAAUCAGAUAAUACUAGCUCCAAUGAGCUCAAUCGGAAUGAAUCAAGCCGACUGAGUCAGUUGAAUUAUUAGCCAAGAUUUUGGAGCAGUGUUAUUGUUGUGCUCAGUUAGCAGCUGACAGUUUAACAGCUGUCAGUUGAUGUUUUGCUCUCUAAUCUCUACAUAAUAUAAUCUCUCUAUACAUGCUUACUGAUAGAAACUAAUUGACUGUGUUUUUUAAUUUUUAAAAGUCAUCUAUUAAAAUUAAAUUCCAUAUAGUUUUUUAAAUUACCGUAAAAAAAUAUAGAAUUUUUUUUUGUUUAUUUAUUUAAUUAUUUAAUUAACUCGAAAUAAAUAUAGUUGGUUCAAGUAUUCAUAGUUGUCUUGACCCUUGUCGAGGUCGUCUAUAAACAUUAUCCUCACUAAAUUGAUUAUAAACUCUAAGGCUCUACGUAUUUUACAAUUUAAUCUAAAAAUCUAUAUUUUUUUUUUUUUUCUUAAAUUAACAUCAACGAGGGGAGUUUAUCUACUUGGUAUUUCAAACUCAACAUUUUUUAAAUUAACAACAGCAACAUCAAAAAAUGUCUGAUUGCGAAUGUGACGAUGAGUUCCAAGAUGCACAGGAAGACAUAUCAAGACCAACAACAAUGGAUCUUGAUACGUCAAUUGACGAAGCAAGACAAGCCAUUUAUUAUUUUUUCAACAAUGAUUUUGACAAAGCCAGAGAUCUUUUACAACCAUGGGCCAAUUCAAGCAUGUAUCAUUCACUAGGAAAUGCUGUGUUUGCUUGUCUAGAAGCUUUUCUCACCUUUGAACAGAAACAUGUUGAAAAAGCAUCUGAAGCACUUAAAUUAUGUAUGCAUGUUUGUUCCAAGCAUCGACGUCAUGUAUCAUUGACACAAAAUAUUGGAAAAAUGGUUAAAAGAACAAAUUACGAUAAUUAUACAAUAGUUGAAGUACAUGCUGAACUGUGCUAUGCAGAGGCAUUAUUAUUAAAAGCACUUUUAACAUUUGUCGAGGAUGAAACACUUGUUAGUUUUGUCAAAGCUGGACUUAAAAUUCGUACAUGUUUUAUUAUGUACAAAGAAUGCUUGGUCAUAUUAAAAUCACGUAAAUGGGAAAGUGAAACACAUAGAGUACACUUUGAGAGUGGUGUUAAAAUGGGAAUUGGAACAUUUAAUUUGAUGAUAUCAUUAUUGCCUGGACGUGUUAUUAAACUGCUGGAAUUUAUUGGUUUUUCUGGUGACAAGGAAUAUGGUUUAAGAGAAUUACAAAGUGGCUAUGAGGAUCGACGUGGUCUCCGACAAAUUCUUUGUUCAAUGACAUUAUUUUCAUAUCAUUUGAUAGCGUCAUUUAUAUUAAGCAGUUCAGAUAGUGAUUUGAGCUGGAGUGAAGAAGCCCUGCAAAAUGAAUUAAGCUUAUAUCCAAAUGGUGUUUGGUUUUUAUUUUUUAAAGGACGAUUAGAAUUUAUACGUGGUAAUACUGAUACAUCAAUUGAAUGGUAUACAAAAUCAUGGAAAAGUCAAAAUUUAUGGCCACAAUUUCAUCAUCUAUGUUUUUGGGAAUUAAUGUGGGCACAUUGUGUUCAACAAGAAUGGGAUAAAGCAUUGUCAUUUGCAGUAUUAUUAGCUAAAGAAUCAAAUUGGUCACGUACAAUAUAUCUUUAUCAACAAGCAGCAAUAAUGAUUAUGAGUAAAAAAAAUAAUCCCCAAUUAUCAGACAAAGAUUUUAUCAAUAAUCUUAUGCAUGAUGUACCAAUUUAUAAACAACGAAUUGCUGGUAAAUCCUUGCCCAUGGAAAAAUUUGUUGUUAAAAAAUCAGAAAGAUAUUUUGCACAAGAUAAAACAUUGGUGUUGCCAAUAUUUGAGCUUAUGUAUGUAUGGAAUUUAUUUAGAAUUGUUGGUAAAAUAUCAAAUUUUAUAAUGAACAUGUAUAAAAUUAUUGAAGAUGAAGAAAACAACAUAAAAAAUAAUCCAAGAACAAUUUAUCAAACCGACAAUGAGGCAUUGCUGUUGUUAUUGAAAGGUGCUUGUCUCAGACAAAUGAAACAUCCACUGCAGGCAGAGGAUUGCUUUAGGCAAAUUAUUAAACUAGAAAAAAAAUUAAAAUCAGACACUUAUCUUGUUCCUUAUGCAACUGCUGAAAUGGCACUUUUAGCGAGAGAUCGUGGUGAUAUACGUGGUGCUAUUGCACUUCUUGAAGACGCCAGAAAAAAUUAUACUGGUUAUUCAUUGGAAUCAAGACUGCAUUUUCGUAUUCAUGCAGAUUUAUCAGAAUUAAAUGAUGAAAAAUUAUUAAAUGAUUCCAUUAAAAAUAAUCAAGUUAUUGAAGAAGCAGAAGAAGCUGAAGAGGCAGCUGAAGCUAUUUUAACUGAAUUGAUAUCAAAAACUAAAAUUGAAACUGCUUGUUGAUUUAUUUAUUUAUUUUUUUUUUUGGGUUAAAUAAUUUACAUAGAUAUAUUUGAUAUAUGUACAAAAUAUAUAAUUUAUAUUAAUUUAUGGGAUAAAAUGGUUACAUUUUAAAUUAUUUAAAAAGAAAAAAAAAAAUUAAUCUUUCGUGAACCAAAAAAUAUAUAGCUUUCCUGGUAAAAAUAAUUUCUCCGUUUUUCUCCGAUUCUUUUCAAAUUACUCCGAUUUCUUAAAAAUCGGAGAAAGUCGGAGAAAUUUUUUUAACCAGGAUUUAGUCCCUUAAUAUUAUUAUUGUUGAUUUAUCUGUAAGAUAAAGUAUGUAUAAUUAUUCAUUAUAAAUAUUAUUAUUGAUUGUUA